GUAGUAGUAGUGCCAACUAAGAUGUAUCUCCCCCCUUCACAAAGAAAUGGUACAUCCCUAGCUUAUCACCCGGCAAUCAAUCAACACAAGAGAAACAACCACAACACACCAAGCAUCUUACUCAAAACCAUGGACUUAUUUUGUUAUCCGACACAAUACACUUUUUUAAAUCUAAGGAGGCAAAUAAUUAACUUUCUACCGACUGGGGGCAAUUUUUGAAGCUUUAAACAAAAUGAAGACGUAUCAACUUUAAGCAAGUUGCACCGCGAGUCCAGCAACCAGCACCGUGUCGCACAAAGACGCAUCAGCCGAGAUGAAGCACUGUGAGCCAGACGCGUUUCCCUUCGUCUCCCCCGCGGAUUUAUGAAUCGGCUCGUGGUUCGACCCUUCUCCUGGCUUUUGUAUUUCGGUGUUUCUUGGACAGUUUACACUCUAAUCGUACGCGAUUAUGUCUGAUCCAAGUUACUGGAGCGCUGUGCCUGGCAGUAGCAAAGCUCAUUUUGUGACUGGUGCGAUGCUCAAGCGAUCAAAAAGCUGUCGCAGCAGUAAUAGAAAGAGCCUUGGUGUUGGAACGCCGUCACCAACCCGCCCUCUCUCACCUCUCUCUGCCCACACAGCAGCAAGCAGCCCUCUGGACAGCCCACGAAAUGUGUCCACUGCUAUUUGCUCCCUCAACUUCCCCUUCGCCCGCAGCCACCUGGCUCGAGCUGACAGAGCAGAAGGUAGAAGGUGGUCGUUGGCUUCACUUCCAUCCUCUGGUUAUGGGACCAAUCCUCCUAGCUCAACUGUCUCAUCGUCGUCUUCGUCUCAAGAACGACUCCACCAGCUUCCAUACCAGCCUACACAGGACGAGCUUCAUUUCCUUUUCAGACACUUCCGAAGUUCUGAAAGCAUGACUGAUGAAGAUGGGCGGCCCUCCACAUUAUUGCGACCUCGGUCACGUAGCCUCAGUCCUGGACGAACAGGUGGCUCAUUCGAUAAUGAAAUUAUAAUGAUGAACCAUGUCUACAAGGAGCGCUUUCCAAAGGCGACUGCUCAAAUGGAGGAGCGUUUGUUUGACAUCAUCAGACACUGUUCUCCAGACAGCAUGCUACCGCUGGGCGAUGGAGUUUUGGGAUUUAUUCAGCACCAGCUUGCAGAGUUGGCCAGAGACUGUCUGGAUAAAUCCCAGAACGGUCUCAUUACAUCUCUGUACUUCAUAGAGCUGCAGGAUAAACUGGAAAAGUUGCUGCACGAGGCUUUGGAGCGCUCGGAGAGCGAAGAGGUUUCAGUUAUCACUCAACUUGUGAAAAAGAUCCUGAUUAUCAUCUCACGCCCUGCACGACUGUUGGAGUGUCUGGAGUUUGACCCUGAGGAGUUUUACCAUCUACUAGAGGCAGCAGAAGGUCACGCGAAGGUUGGCCAGGGCAUCAAAACUGACAUUCCCAGAUAUAUCAUCAGUCAGCUGGGUCUUAACCGAGAUCCCCUUGAUGAAGUCGUUCAGUUAGAAGAGCAGUAUGAUUCAGGUCCCACACUGACGAUUGAUUCCGAAGAAUCUGCAGAGCAAACUAAAUCAGUACCGACACCAGCACGCAGGAAACCUCUGGAGAGUGAUUUUGAGACCAUUAAACUCAUCAGUAAUGGGGCUUAUGGGGCCGUGUAUCUGGUAAGGCAUAAAGAAACUCGCCAGCGAUUCGCAAUGAAAAAGAUCAACAGACAAAACCUGAUUCUGCGAAACCAGAUACAGCAGGCGUUUGUGGAGCGAGACAUCCUGACGUUUGCAGAAAACCCCUUUGUAGUUAGCAUGUUUUGCUCCUUCGAGACACGCAGACACCUGUGCAUGGUCAUCGAGUAUGUAGAAGGUGGAGACUGUGCCACGCUGCUGAAGAAUAUGGGACCACUUCCUGUGGACAUGACCAGGAUGUACUUCGCAGAGACGGUCCUUGCACUCGAGUACCUCCACAGUUAUGGCAUCGUGCACAGAGAUCUCAAACCAGACAAUCUCUUAAUUACGUCAAUGGGGCAUAUUAAACUCACUGACUUUGGCCUCUCCAAAAUCGGCCUCAUGAAUAUGACCACCAAUCUGUAUGAAGGCCACAUAGAGAAGGACACCAGGGAGUUCAUUGACAAGCAGGUUUGUGGCACUCCGGAGUACAUCGCACCAGAAGUGAUUCUGCGACAGGGCUAUGGUAAACCUGUGGAUUGGUGGGCUAUGGGGAUCAUCCUGUACGAGUUCCUGGUGGGAUGCGUUCCUUUCUUUGGAGACACACCCGAAGAGCUGUUUGGACAGGUGGUGAGCGAUGAGAUUAUCUGGCCAGAUGGAGAUGAUGCCCUUCCUGUAGAUGCCCAAGACAUGAUCACACGAUUACUAAAGCAAAGCCCGCUGGAGAGACUUGGAACAGGCGGAGCUCCAGAGGUGAAGCAGCACAUGUUUUUCAAUGGACUGGACUGGAACGGACUCCUGCGUCAGAAGGCCGAAUUCAUCCCUCAGCUGGAGGCAGAUGAUGACACAAGUUAUUUUGACACUCGAUCUGAACGCUAUCACCAUUUGGCUUCAGAUGAGGAUGAUGAAACUAACGAUGAAGAGUCUUCCCUUGAAAUACGCAGAUUUUCAUCUUGGUCAAAUCGGUUUAGCAAGGUGUAUAGCAGCACCGAGCAUCUGGCCACCCCAUCCAACCUGAGUUUCUCCUCUGACCGCAGUCAUAGUGAGGAGAUAGAGGACCGAGCAGAAGGGAGAGACGCUAACUGCCCUGGAGAGAUCCAAUGGCAGGCCUCCACCUCAGACAAGAGACUCUCUGCUCAGAGAGCUGGCCUGCGCCCUCGAGCUUCCUCCAGCUCCUCUCAGCCCGAGCGUGCUGUCAGCCCUCUAGUGGCGAGCAGCACACACAGUCUGGAGGCUAUGCCCAGAUUCGCCCUGUCCACAGAUGAUGAGGCUGAGGUUGUCGUAUCCAACCUGCGACGAAUCAGACUACGUAGCAACAGCACAGGAACAAAACACUCGUCGCCAAGGGAACAAGGAAGUCCUCCGUGCUUUGGGAACCAGUUGGAGACGCCCGAUAGGCAGCGUCUCUCACCAGGACGCAAAGUCCCCAAGUCUGCGUCAGUGUCCACCCUCUCGCUCAUCAUCACGCCAGAUGAUGGAAGUGGCAGCCUGCACGCACGCUCCAUCUCGCCCCGAUCAUUUUCCUCUAACCCAUCAUCUCGAGACUCCUCCCCCAACCGUGACCUGUCGCUCAGCAUCAGCAGGCUCCGCCCCCCAAUCAUCAUCCACAGCUCUGGAAAGAAAUUCGGCUUCACCCUGCAGACCAUUCGUGUUUACAUGGGCACCAGUGAUAUUUACACAAUACACCACAUGGUCUCGGGUGUGGAGGAGAGCAGUCCGGCUCAUGAAGCUGGCCUGCGAGCGGGAGAUCUGAUCACACAUGUGAAUGGAGAGUCUGUACAGGGUCUGGUGCACACAGAUAUGAUGGAGCUGCUGUUGAAGAGUGGGAACCAGGUGUCCCUUCAGACUAUCGCCCUUGAGGACACGUCUAUAAAGGUCGGGCCGGCACGCAAGAGCAGCUGUAAAGGAAAAAUGGCCCGACGCUGUAAGAGAAGCAGAUGGAAGGACAGUCAAGAUCGGAGGCGCGGCGUGUUGAAAAAGCUGUCUAAACAGAGCACAGUCAUGCAUAGCAGUCGCAGUUUCUCCUCUGGUCUGCAUCACUCUGUGUCGUCCAGCGAGAGUCUGCCGGGAUCUCCCACCCACAGUCUUUCCUCCGGACCCACCACACCUUGCCGAAGCCCUGUUCCAGAUCAUGCAGUCGAUGCCGGCCUUUCCCAAAACGCGCCUCCUUGUUCCAGCUCUCCGAGUUCAACGGCGGUCCAGAUGCGACCCAGCUCACUGCACGGCCUCGGGUCAAAACUUGCCAACCAGCGCUACAGCACUAAAGUAGUGAGACGGAAGUCCACCAGCAGCAUCCCGCCCUCUCCCCUGGCAUGUACGUCCUCGCAGCAGGCCCUAUCCCCCCAGCGCUCCCCCUCCCCCCUUCCCAGCAUCUCCAAAACCCUUCACCACUCCUUCCAUGGCAAGACCCUCUCGCCCCCCACGAUCAUCCGGCAUGUGGUCAGACCCCGAAGUGCGGAACCUCCACGUUCCCCCCUGCUGAAGAGAGUCCAAUCCGCCGAAAAACUAUCGGGGGCCUUAUACGCUGACAAAAAGCCGCACGCACCCCGCAGGCACACGCUGGAGGUCCCUCACGGCGAGAUGGACGUUCCCGGGGAAGCUGAAACGGAGACGGCGUACGCGUUGGAUCACGGCAGGCUCGGUGGGUACUUGUGCGGGCAACGAUUGAGAGACUGGUCCGGCGAGCGCAUGGAGCAGAUUGUGGUAAUGCGUAAACUGAAUCUAUCCGAGCGCCGGGAUUCCUUUAAGAAGCAGGAAGCUGUACAGGAAGUGAGCUUUGAUGAGCCGGAUGACAGGGCGCCGCAGAGUUCAGCGCAGAACGACGCACGGCCCAAUCAGCAGACUGAGUGGAUGAUGGGCAGUAUGCAGUCAGAGGAGGAGUGCGAGGUAAGGAGGAACCCGCUGGUUCCCCAAAUUGCCGUGCAGGGAUCUGAAAGUGAAGAGGCAGAUGAAUGGCAGCUUUGUUCAGAUGAGGAGGAUGAGGAAGAGGCGGAUGAAAAAGGAAACAUCUCACAGACUCUGAGUCAGGAUGACCCUCGGGCUCACAGCAUGGACGGGGACGCCCAAUUCUCCUCAGCAGCCCUGCAUGAGCCCACUGAGACGAAUACAGAUGCAUCCAAGCCAGAAAAACGAAAAGGGCAAAUUGAAAGAGAGAUAAACAAGUGAAAGUCUGUUAUCGCAGGGCUUCAUCUGCUCUGGCGUCUCGUGCACCUGCUGAGACCAUUUGUGUGAUUUGUUACCACGCAGAAUUCAAACGGUUACAGAGAGAGGAUGCUUUAUUUUGUUACAUGUAAAGUGAAGUAAGCUAGUCUUAAGCAGGGAAUAUUUGUUUUUUGUUUUUUUUAUUUAUUGGAGAGAUGUACUCUCAAGCAAAAAAAGAAAACGCUGUGGUUGCUGCUGAGGAGGGACAUUGAAUUACUUAAUUUUUUAUGAAAAGGCUUAAAUCCGUUUAAUCUUUCAAGAGCUCAAGCUCUUCAUUUUUGCACAGACGCUGCGUCUAUCUUAAAAGCUGCAAGUUUAAAUGGUAUUCGAAUUUAAUUUAAAUACUGUGGAUUAGGGCUGCAAAACGAUUAAUCGUGACUAAUCGUUUGCAGAAUAAAAGUUUACGUUUAAAUCAUAUAUGUAUGUGUGUGUGUACUGUGUAUAAUAAUUAUGUAUGUAUAUACAUAUAUACAAAUACACACACAUGCAAGUAUAUAUUUAAGAAAUGUGUAGAUGUGUAUAUACAUUUUUAUAUUUAUAUAUAAUUCAUAUUAUAUAUAAAUAUUUAGUACAUAAAUAUUUAUUUUUAUUAUACAUGCAUGUGUGUGUAUUUAUAUAUACAGUACAUAAUUGUUAUACACAGUACACACACAUAUGAUGUAAACAAAAACUUUUAUUCUGCAAAUGAUUAGUCGCGAUUGUUCAUUUUGAAGCCCUACUGUGGAUUAUUAUGACAAAGACCAUGUGACAGAGUUAAGAGAGCAUUUUUUAAAAAAAGUAUAGAUGAUUAAAAUAGUGUGUCUACUAUUUGGGCUUAAAGAGAUACUUCAGCUUUAAAGGAUUAGUAAAUUUUCUUUAAAAAAAACAGAUAAUGUACUCUCUACCAUGUCAUCCAAAAUGUUGAUGUCUUUCUUUGUUCAGUCGAGAAGAAAUUAUGUUUUUUUGAGGAAAACAUUCCAGGAUUUUUCUCAUUUUAAUGGACUUCAAUGGACCCCAACACUUUACAGUUUUAAUGCAGUUUAAAAUUUCAGUUUCAAAGGACUCUAAACGAUCUCUUAUCUAGCAAAACGUUUGUCAUUUUUGACAAGAAAAAUAAAAAAUCAAGAGGUCACGGAUGACGUAUCGAAACUCCGCCCCAGUGUUUACAAGUGUGAAGAAAGAGGACCGUUCCAAUGUUGUUGUAUGUCGAAUGAUAUUAAUUAAUGUCUUUGUGUCAGUUUAUUGUUUAAAAUGGUCUGCAAAUGGCGCGUCACACAGCUGGAGGAAGAAGAAAAGGUUUAAAAGUGCAUAUUUUUUAUCGUUUCGCUAUAGAUAAGACCCUUAUGCCUCGUUGGAGAAUGUUUAGAGUCCUUUGAAUCUGCAAUUUUAAACUGCAUAAGUGUUGGGGUCCAUUAAAAUGAGAAAAAUCCUGGAAUGUUUUCCUCAAAAAACUUUUUUUUCUCGACUGAACAAAGAAAGACAUCAACAUUUUUUAUGACAUGGUGGUGAGUAAAUUAUGUGGAUUUUUUUUUUUAAGAAAAUUGACUAAUUCUUUAAUAUCAAAAUUACUCCAUGAUUUACUCACCGUCAGACAAUCUGAGAUGCAUAUGUCCAUCAUCUUUCAGACGAACACAUUAUUUUAGUAAAUGUCCUUGCUUUUCCAAGCUUAUAAUGGUAGAAAACAGGGAUCAGGUCAACAACUUCUGACUUUAAACACCAAAAAAGUGCAUCCAUCCUUCACAGAAGUUAUCCACACAGCUCCAAUUGGAUAAUAAACAUCUUCUGCAUGUAAUCGAUGUGAUUAUGUAAGAAAAAUGUCCAUAUUUUAAACUUUAUAUAGCCUACUAUAAUAAUUAGCUUCCGGUAACGGCGCCAUCUUGGGUAGCGCUCGUUGCCAUGGGUACGUUGUGCAGUGAAUGGCAUAAGCUCAAGAUCCCAUUCAAGAUUAUAGUUUAUUAAGUUUAAAAUAUGGACAUUUUAUGUGCAUCACAUCGAUUACCCACAAAAGACUUUUAUUAACCGAUUGGAGCCGUGUGGAUUACUUCUGUGAAUGCACUUUUUUGGGGUUUAAAGUAAGUCAUAAGUUGUUCCCUGAUCCCUGUUUUCUCCCAUUAUAAGCUUGGAAAAGCAAGGAUAUUUACUUAAAUAAUGGGUUUGUCUGAAGAUGAUGGACAUGUGUAUCUCAGAUUGCUUGAGGGUAAAUCAUGAGGUAAUUUUGAUAUUUGGCUGGAGUAUUGCUUUAAUGUGGGAACUCCACAAAUCAUUAAAAGUUGUACUGCAAAUUGGCCCAAAAGUGUCCAAAAAAGGUGAUCAGUUUUACACCAUAUAUUUUACUUUUUUAAUAUGGAUUUGUUUUAAAAGUAAAAGUCUCUUCUUAAAGGGAUAGUUCACCCAAAAAUGUAAUUUCUUUGUUCUGUUGAACACAAAGGAAGAUAUUUGUAAUCAAACAGGAAACACUAAUGACUUACAGAAGAGUAGAGAAAAACGGUGUAGUUACAGACAUUGCUCAAAAUAUCUUUCAAAGAAAUUUAAAAACAAAUUUUCAUUUUGGACGGUGAACGAUCCCUUUAAUGCUUCUUGUUGAAGUGCAAAUGUUUUGUUGAUUUAAAUUUAGCAGUUGCAUUUCACGUCUUAGAUUUGUGAAUUGGUAAAAAUUUACUUUUGCGACCAAAAUAUUUUGUAAAUUCUUUACACUAUUUUUCAUCACACCAAAGUUGCAUUUCCCCCUCAAAAUCAUUUAUGUACUUAAGUUUAUUUGAUAUCUUUUAAAAAAUCAAACGUUCACGGGUGCUAAGAUGAACAGUUUCACAGACACUGAAUUCUGAUGUCAUACCUGAAGCUGCAGUCAUUCACAUCAGCUGAAACUCACUGCAUCAUAGUCUUCAAUGGAGUUCUCACAAGCUUUUGUACCUGAAUUAAUGAUGUUUACAUUUUUUAUACAUUUGGAUUUCUACUGUGCGAAUGGAUCUGUAUGACCACUGUUCUUAUGUUCUUGACAAAUCUGUGCAGAACUGGAGGUGAUGGGUAGAUGUAUUGUUAUGUUCAAGUUAAGAGUGAAGGCUUUUUGUUAUUAGACCGAUCAGAAUAGAUGUUUUUAUAUGAAUUAUAUGCAUGAUCUGCUUCCAAAACACAAAUAGUUAUACAUUUUCAGGGUGUAAGGUUUGUUUCUUUAUGAUGUUUGUUUGGGCCUAAAACGGGACAGUGUUUUUAUUGCACAUAUAAGCUGCAUGAGAAGAUGCAUUGGAUGUCAUUUUGUCAGGACUUGAUGCUGUUUAUUUAUUUUAAAUCUGUGGCACAUGUUCAACAAUACAUUUCUUGUCUGUUUUUGAGUUUUUUUGUUAAAUGCGACCGUUUCGGAUCCUUCUUUGUGCAACUUUAGGCUGCUGUAUUCGCAAGCUAAUUUGUAGAUUUUUUAAUAGGAUGUAUUUUUUAUAUUUGAAUGUCAGACAAUCGUUUGCAUGCUGCAUGUUAAGUGAAUACACGGUGAGCGUUGGCAUGGCAACGUGAGUGCAAUAUGUGUUCAGUGGUUAAGUAUAACCAACUCUUUGAAUUACAGUAAUGUGAUUAAAAGCUUAAUGUCAUGCAGACCCUGUUGUGACAUCUUAUCCCUCUGGAAUCACAGACUUCUGUGGAUGAAGUGUUUGCUGUCUACAAUACUGUUAAAAACCACUCUAAACCUGUUUAGACAGGACUGUCUGACACACCCACUGUUGUUACAUUCACAGCAGUGAGAUAUCCAUCAUCUUUAUAUUCUCUUGUGCUUUCUUCCAUUUUUCAGAAGUGUCAAGAAUUAUUCAUUCUUGGUCUGUGUUUGUAAAAAAAAGUUUUUAUAAAUAUUUUUUAAUAUUGUUAUAACUGUUUGUCUUACGUUUUGUAAUAAACCAUUCACUGAUUUAAGAGGGAA